AUGUGGAAAUAUUUUACUGCUAACAACACUAAAAAAUGGAUAGACGUUUUAGAUAAAUUAAUUAAAAANAAUAUUCAUUGGUUUACUACAGAAAAUAUAGAAAUAAAAUGCUCAGUAGUCGAAAGAUUUAAUAGAACUCUAAAGACGAAAAUGUGGAAAUAUUUUACUGCUAACAACACUAAAAAAUGGAUAGACGUUUUAGAUAAAUUAAUUAAAAAUUAUAAUAACUCUUAUCAUAGAUCAAUAAAAAUGACUCCUGUACAAGCAAGUAUAAAAGAUAUGGAGAGAUAUAUGUCAUUUACUAAGAAAAUUGGAAAAAUGAAACUUAGGCUUAUAGAUUCAUUUAGAUUUAUGGCUAGUAGUAUUGAUAGACUCUCCAGUAAUUUGAAAAAAGAACAGUUUAGAGAAACAUCUAAGUUUUUCCCUAAUCAUUUAUUAGAUUUAGUUAUAAGAAAAGGUGUUUAUCCUUAUGACUAUAUGGAUUCGUGGGAGAAAUGUGAAAUGGAUAAACUUCCUCCUAAACAAGAAUUCUAUAGUAUAUUAAAUGAAUGUGGUAUAACAGAUAAAGAUUAUGAACAUGCACAAAACGUAUGGGAAGCAUUUAAGAUUAAGAAUAUGGGGAAAUAUUCAGAUCUAUAUGUGAAAACAGAUGUUUUAAUACUAGCAGAUAUCUUUGAGAAUUUUAGAGAUGUAUGCUUGAAAACUUAUAAAUUAGACCCAGCAUGGUAUUAUACAGCACCUAGAUUAUCAUGGGAAGCAAUGUUGAAGAUGACAGGUUUAAAAUUACAGUUGAUAGAUAAUUAUGAUAUGAUUUUAAUGAUAGAAAAAGGGAUAAGAGGUGGAAUCUCCCAAUGUUUUAAGAGGUAUGGAAAGGCGAAUAACAAGUAUAUGGAAGAUUAUGAUGAAAACAAGGAAUCUAAUUAUUUGGUGUAUCUAGAUGCUAAUAACUUGUAUGGAUGGGCCAUGAGUCAAUAUUUACCAUAUGGGGGAUUUGGAUGGCGUGAGGAAAAUAAUAUUGAUUUCUUCUUGAAUACUCCUGAUAACAAUGUAAAAGGAUAUAUAUUAGAAGUUGAUCUGGAAUAUCCAAAAGAAUUACAUGAUUAUCAUUCUGAUCUCCCUUUAGCUCCAGAGAACAGAAUACCAGAUGGAUCAAAACAAUCUAAAUUAUUAACCACUUUAUAUGAAAAAGAGAAAUAUGUGCUUCAUUAUAGAAAUCUUAAACAAUAUUUUAAAAUGGGGAUGAAACUUAAAAAGAUACAUAGAGUAUUAGAAUUCAAGCAAUCAGAUUGGUUAAAGAAAUACAUAGAUCUGAAUACAGAAAUGAGAACUAAAGCAACUUAUGAUUUCGAAAAGGACUUUUUAAAACUAAUGAAUAACUAUGUGUUUGGAAAGACAAUGGAAAAUAUAAGAAAUCGUGUUGACAUAAGAUUAUGUUGUGACCCAAAAAAAGUAGAAAAAUUAAUCGCAAAGCCUAACUUUAAACGUCGAACCAUAUUUACCGAAAGCCUAUGUGCUAUUCACAUGUAUAAGACAAAAAUAGUCUUUAAUAAACCCAUCUAUGUGGGAAUGAGUAUAUUAGAUCUUUCGAAGCAUUUGAUGUAUGAUUUUCAUUAUAAUGUGAUGAAAUCUGAUUAUCCUGAGAAUAAUCAAUUUGGUAUACCGAGAGUUAAUAAGAAGGUGUUAGGUAAAAUGAAAGAUGAAAAUAAUGGAAAAAUAAUGAGAGAAUUUGUUGGUUUAAGAGCAAAAAUGUAUGCCUUAAAAGUAGAAGAUCAGGUUACAAAGAAUUCAAAAGGAGUAANGAGAAUAAUCAAUAUGGUAUACCGAGAGUUAAUAAGAAGGUGUUAG